GCGGGGACAGAAUGUGGCUCCAGUCGAAAACGGCGAGAACUACGACUCCCCUUCGAAACUUAUUGAAGUCUUUACGAACUGUGGGUUUCUUUUACUUCUGUUUUUUUGUAAGAACAUGAAACUAACCCCUUCGGAUUAACACUUUUUAAAAGGAAUAUCUUGUUUUCUGAUUAAAAAGUAGCCGACUGCAACUCGGGUCCCCAUGUUCUGGCUUGUGAGUGCUGCUUGGCCUGCUGAGCCCAUAGGUGCUUGUGUGUCGGCACUGGGCUGCAGCUGAAGCGAGGAUACUGACUGGUGGUGGUGUGGGUGCCUGCGUUGGUGGAGGCGGGUCGUCCGAGGGCCCAGAGCCCCGGUACCAGGCGGAGUGGCCUGUCCUAUCCGAGCCACACAAAGAUGAACAAAUUGAACUUUCACAACAACAAAGCCAUGCAGGACCGCCGAUGUGUCUGUGUCUUUUUGCCCAAUGAUGACACGCUCAAUGUCAUAGUCAAUGUGAAGACCUUGUGCCAGGAACUGUUGAUGCAGGUGUGUGACCUCCUCAGGCUGAAGGACUGUCACCUGUUUGGACUCAGUGUUAUUCAGAAUAAUGAACACAUCUAUAUGGAGCUGGAUCAGAAGCUAUCCAAGUACUGCCCCAAAGAAUGGAAGAGAGAAGCCAGCAAGGGCAUUGACCAGUUUGGGCCUCCCAUGAUCAUUCACUUCAGAGCUCAGUAUUACGUUGAGAACGGGAGAUUGAUCAGUGACCGGGCAGCCCGGUACUACUACUACUGGCACUUGAGGAAACAGGUGCUGCUUUCACAGUGUAUCCAAAGGGAGGAGGCCUACUUCCUCCUGGCAGCCUUCGCCCUGCAGGCUGACCUGGGCAACUUCAAACGUAACAAGCACUUCGGGAAGUACUUUGACCCUGAAGCAUACUUUCCCCCAUGGGUGAUAGCCAAGCGCGGCCGUGAGUACAUCCUGAGGCAUAUCCCCAACAUGCACAAAGACCAGUUUGCCCUCACGGCUUCAGAGGCGCACCUCAAAUACAUUAAGGAGUGUGCCCAGCUUGAUGACGUCACUGUCCACUACUACAGACUCUACAAGGACAAGAAGGAAGUAGAGGCAUCUCUUACACUGGGACUGACUUUACGUGGUAUUCAAAUAUUUCAGAAUGUCGGGUCUGUGAGGCAACUGUUGUACGACUUCCCGUGGACCAAUGUGGGAAAACUGGUAUUUGUGGGGAAGAAGUUUGAAAUCCUUCCUGACGGUCUGCCCUCGGCCCGUAAACUCAUCUACUACACAGGUUGUCCCUUGCGCUCUCGUCACCUCCUGCAGUUGCUCAGCAACAGCCACCGGCUCUACAUGAACCUGCAGCCUGUUCUCAAACAAGUCCGCCGGUUGGAGGAAAACGAAGAGAAGAAGCAGUACAGGGAGUCAUACAUCAGCGAUGCUCUGGAACUGGACAUAGACCAUCUGGACAAAUGUUCCCGGGCCAGCGGUAGCAGCGCAGGGAGCAUGUCACAUCAUAAACGCCUGUCCCGGCACUCAACGACCAGCCACGGCAGCUCACACACCUCGGGCAUCGAGACGGACAGCUUCAGGGCCCCGAGUCAGGCUCCGCACAGGCCCCUACGAACCUGUAGCUCAUCCACAACCAGCCAUGGGAGCUCACACACCUCCGGCAUCGAGAGCAGCGGCAAGGAGCGCAUACUUGAUGAUGACGAGAUUGAGAUGCUUGUGGACGACCCCAAAGACUACGAGGAACUUCAUGAGAUGGCUCUGGACCAGGAGCUGUGUAUCCACAUCACUGAGGACAUGUUGACCAUGUCGCCUGAUCAGACCAACGGAUAUUCAGGACUGAUAGUAAAAGACGUCAGCUCCUCCACCUCCAGCUCCUCUGAGACCGUCGUCAAGAUGAGAGGACAGAGCAUUGAGUCUCUGCCGCAGACAUCUGUGUGCAGGAAGCCUCGGUCUUCAACCGACCGACACAGCCAGUCUCUUGACGACGUGCGACUCUACCAGAAGGACUGCCUGCAGUGGGCGGAGCUCUGCCAGGACACCGCCCACAGCUACACAUUCGGCUGCGCCCAGGAGCUGAGUGACGGCGGCGGCAGCGGCUAUCAGGGCCUCGCCGACCAGCGCGCCGGCAUGCUGGAGCAGCACCCGUUUCCCAUCAAGAGAACCAACAAGUACUUCUCCCUGGACCUGACCAGCGACGAGGUCCCUGAGUUUGUGGUGUGACGGAGGCGGAAACAAGGCGACCCCUUAGGGUGAGCUUUUCUCUCCGAUGUGGAGAUGUUUCAGCCCUCAGGGAACGAGACCAGAGAGAAGUGUUGGGAGAGGUGGUUUCUAGGAUGAGUGAACUGGCGAGUUGGCUGUCCCUUCACUUACCACUUAAAAAGAAUAACACGUAAUAAACGGACAAACAAGGAACACUCUGACAAAGGGAACUUAAAGAACGGACAUGUUGGUUCAAGAGAAACCUGCAUCUUUAAAACGUAACCUGAGCUGCUCCCCUGUGUGAAAGGAAACAAAAGGGAUCAUGUCAUCUUAAGAAAAAACUUUUUUUAUUCAAAUCUGUCUACUCCAAACUGGUUUUCAAGAACAACACGUCGUGUUAGCCUGCUUUAUACUUAAACAGAGUGUAUGUGUGCAUGCACACAGGCUUACAGCAGACAGAGACUCGUGCACCGACAUGAAGAGCAUUUUAAAGACUUUCCCUGGAGGACACAAAGGACAAAAUCACUCCGAGCUACAAACCAAAGACAAGAAAUGGAACAAUGUGCAACUUUUGUCAAUGUGCAACCAUGCUAAAAAAUAAAAUAAAAAAAAAAACAGUUCAAUGUCAUGGUGGGAGGGAAGAUGAACACUUUGAGAGAAAAUAGGAUUGGUUUCUUCUUCUACGCCAAUUCGUUCGAUCUCAACAGGAAGUGCAGUGUGCCAAUUCUGCACCCCCCCCACGGACAAAUCUCUGAAUCAUGUGAACCACCCCCCCCAAUGUGCCUUCAUCACACUAUGCAGGUGUACACCCAUGGCCUUGACAAUCACACACACUCACCUUAGUUAUUUUCAAAGAUCAGAGCUAUCAGAAUUCAACUACAUUAUUAUUUAAAUGCCAUACACACACACUUCAAGCCAGUUCUUCUGCAUCUUAAAUGCCUGAAAGACUUGAUUUCAAACUGUUUCAUGUCCUGUGAACUCUGACAGAGUUUCCCACGAGGAAUGAGGUUGAGUAAGUUCCUACAUGUCCUGACUUGUGUUGAAUAGCUUCCCUGUAAUAGACUCAAAAUGGAGUCUGGUUGGCUGUCGGCCAAAUCAAACCGUACAUUUUGAUGCAUACAUGUACGUCUUCCUCUCUGCUCAGUUGUCUUUCACUCCUGUUAUCUUCUGUUCUGUUUCAUCCAUCAUUUAAACUGGAAAUUGUAACAUUAUUUUUAUUUUCCAUCCUGUUGUUUUACCUGAAAUCUCUUUACAUGUUGUAUUUUUGUAUGAACUGUCCAGUGUAUGUUGAACAGUUAUUCUGUGUGCUGUUGAUGUCAUUCAGUAUUACAGGCAAGUGUAAUUGACAGUAUUAAGGACGUGAUGUUUGUGGCUCUGAACAAGAAACUGUUUUUAUUUUAUUUUAAAUCAUUUUAAUGUCCCAGUAAGAUUCAAGAAAACUGGAGCCUGUUGUACAACUUGUGGGAAUUAAAGACAGGAAGUUGUUGCAGGUUAAAAAAGGUUUUUUACUCAUAAAUCAUGCAGCUCAAAGUGCCACAGUAACAGCUUUGUGUGAUUUAAAUCAAUAAUAUUGUUCUUUUUUAGAUAAAUACCAUCAUGUUUUAAGCUUCUUUGUGUUGAAAACACUACUCUUCUAUUGUUUGAUUUAGGAGUAAAAUACUGCUCCAUAACUUUUAACAUGACCACAGAAUUACUUGAUACCACUCUCAUGUCAGUACAAUAAAUACAUAGCUACAGCCACGAAGCUAAAGCCAGAAGACUGGAAACAGCUAGCCCAGCAUCAUCCGAAGGUAACAAAAUCUGAAUCUGAAACAGAGCUCUACGUUGUGAAACUCGUACAAGAAUUUACAUUUUAGAUCACCGUUGUUUAUUCUGAGUUGUCCUAGUUCCUCUUUAAGUUACCCCAUGUCUAUUUAAACCCAGUUUUCACAGACACAAUACAGCAUCUGAACACCAGUUUAAACCGUUACAUACAUUUAUCUAACACUAACAAAUAAAUGAAUUUGAUACUGCUAUGUAAUUAAAAACAACUUCUAUAUUUCUUACAGUUUUUUCCUUCUUUCACUAUUUAAACUUAUCAUUAUUUCUAUUCAUUAAUGGAAAAUGUCAAGUCACAUUUUGAUGAACAAUGAUGUUUCUUAUAUUAAAACAGUAUGUGUUAAGGAGCAUAGCCAUACAGUCAUAGCCCAUGUCCUUAAAGUCUUCAUAAUUUGUUCUUAUGGUAAUACUUACACUAAGUAAGAGUAUGUAUGUCUGUGUUCAUAAUCCUUUCUGUGAAAGGAUCUCCCUUCAGGAAAAAGUGAAAGUUUUUUUUUUUUGUCCACCUGUAGUUGAAGAAAUGAUUUGUUAUUAUGAAGUCUGGUCUGUGCCUUCUUGGUACUAAUGCCCUCAAUAUCCAAUAAAAAGGUACAUUUAUUUGCCAAA